AUGCUCCGAGCGGAUGGGGACACUGCCGCCGCCGAGCCCGCCGCGGGCACGGACACGGACCAGGAGGAGGAGGAGCAGGAGGAGAGGGGGAAGGUCAGCGGCGCUUUCCGCUUCCUGCGGGCGGGGCGGGGCGGUUGCGGUCGCUGCCCGCCCUCCGCGUUCUGUCGCCGGGUAACGCUCGGUGCCCGCGGCCCGGCCCGGCCCGGCCCGGCGCGGCGGCUUCGCCAUGGCCCAGCCCAGCCCGGGCGUGCCCCAGCGCUUCCAGGAGCUGACCUUGUACCGCGGCUACGGAGCUCCUUCCACACCCUCCCGCACACGUUUUCGGAUCAUCUGGGCAGGUUCGGCAUGUGCAGGAACGAAAGCCUGAACACGUCGCUGGAGAAGAGCCACUGCACCGGCACCGACACCUUCAUCACCGCCUACGAGCACCUGGACUUCCACCCCAGCUACAACCCCAGCGGGCCCUCCCACUGCAGGGACCAGCCGCUGUAGCCAGCUUCUGUCUGCCCUGAUCCUAAAUGGACCCGCUAGGUUGCAGAGGGAAUGUUUUUAGGAGUAAAACAGUGAAGGUUUAAUGUGGUUAAGUGUCAGUUAGGUAGCUCAUGUGAAGCGUUUUGCCUAAUUUAUCAGCAGCAUAUAAAUACUAGGAUAACACAAAUUCCGUUUUUUAUCCCCUUCUCUGUCACUAAUGAUCCUUUACACUCUUGCCUUAUGUACUACUUAUCAUUAAAAAUUAAGAUUUCAA